UUCAAUUAUAGUCCAUCGCACUCGCUCCCCUCCCUCUCCAAUAUCGUCGUCUCCACCUUCCAAAUUCUUCUCCUCCUCCAUGGGAACGGGCGCAUCCAAGAACUCCGAUAGCUCUCAUGGCGGCCAGCUCUACGUCUCCCUCAAGAUGGAGAACCUCAACGUCCGAGGCGACCUUAUCCCCCACGUCUACGGCUCCCUUCCCAUCACUGGAUCCUGGGAACCCACCGAAUCUCUAUCGAUGGCGCGGGAGUCGGCCUCGAUGUGGGUGCUCAGCUUCAUCGUGCCUCCUAAUCACGAGACGUUAGACUUCAAAUUUUUGUUGAAGUCCAAGUACAAUGCGCGGCCGUGCAUGGUGGAGGAAGGGCCAAGCCGGCAGUUCAUUGGAGGGGCACUGCAGGAGGGGGAUGCCCGGCCUGCGCUCUUCAAUGUUGGCUUGGAUGAAGAGGAGGUUCUUGAGUAUAGGGUGUUCAUCGAGGUUGACAUUGUGUCCCCAUUUGAUCUUGCGGCAAGCUGGAGAGCUUAUCUUGAAAAUCUUCAACCAUCAAGAGUGCGGGGGAUUCCGGAUGUCAGUAUCAAUGUGGCACCUGAAACGGGCAUGGAGAAUAGUUCAGGAUCUACUUUGGAGCUUGAUUUAGAACACUAUGUUGUUCCGGCACCAUCUUCCAUUGCUGGUGCUCUUUAUGCAGCUAACUUGGCAGAGACACCAAGAUCAUUGCUAGGGACUGGGGAUUUCUCUAAAAUUGAUGCCUCAACUGGUGGUUCAUAUGGCACAAGUAAAGCUGGUGACUGUUCUAAUAGCUGCAAGGACAUGGAUGCUGUUGUCUCAGAUCCUUGCAAGCUUCUCUCAGUUCCUGGUUUUGACUCAAAAUCAGUUGGCACAUUCUCACCGGUUCCCAAGCAAGAGAGUCAGAAAGGACUCUUUGUUGAUAGAGGUGUCGGCUCACCUAGACUUAUUAAAUCAGCUGGUGCAUGCAUAUUCACAUUUGAUCGCAAGUUAGACUGUGAAACAAAGAAGGGCAUGCCGGCAGCAGCUGGAGCAGUUGCAGCUGCAGCAAUAGCUGAUCAGAUGCUAGGGCCAAAGGAGGAUAGUAGGCUGGCCAUUGUGCUGGUUGGUUUGCCAGCCCGAGGAAAGACCUUCACAGCAGCCAAGCUUACCAGGUAUUUGAGAUGGUUAGGUCAUGAAACAAAGCAUUUCAAUGUUGGGAAGUAUCGUCGCCUUAAGCUUGGUACAAAUCAGACGGCAGAUUUUUUUCGUGGUGACAACCCAGAAGGUAUGGAAGCACGCAAUGAGGUAGCUGCUUUGGCUAUGGAUGAUAUGAUAUCCUGGAUGCAGGAAGGAGGUCAGGUUGGUAUUUUUGAUGCCACAAAUAGUACCAGAAGUCGAAGGAAUAUGCUUAUGAAAAUGGCUGAAGGAAAGUGUAAGAUCAUAUUUCUGGAAACAAUAUGCAAUGAUGCACACGUAAUUGAAAGAAAUAUACGCUUGAAAAUUCAACAAAGCCCUGAUUAUGCAGAAGAACCAGAUUUUGAAGCUGGAAUGCAAGACUUUAAAGAACGCUUAGCCAAUUAUGAAAAGGUAUAUGAACCAGUUGAAGAGGGUUCUUAUAUCAAAAUGAUUGACAUGGCCAGUGGACAAGGCGGGCAGAUACAAGUUAAUAACAUUGGUGGUUAUCUACCUGGCAGAAUAGUCUUCUUCUUGGUAAACACUCAUCUCACACCUAGGCCUAUUCUUCUUACUCGACAUGGUGAAAGUUGUGAUAAUGUUAGAGGAAGAAUCGGAGGUGAUGCAGUUUUAAGCAAUGCAAAUCUGGAAUUGUCUAUCAACAACGACAAUCCCCCUCGUCACAAAUCAUUCCUGAACUUGAUCACUCUGGUGGCUCUUCGGAAAUCCUCUCGCAUCCUUCAUCUUCCUGAUAGGACUGACUCUGCCUUGAUUUCUCAGCUUCAGGAGUGUUUUCUGGCCUUGAGUGAAGCUGGGGAACUUUAUUCGAAGAAGCUUGCAGAAUUUAUUGAGAAAAGACUGAAAUCUGAGAGGACAGCUUCGAUAUGGACUAGUACACUCCAAAGAACGAUUUUAACUGCAAGUCCAAUUGUUGGAUUCCCAAAGAUACAAUGGCGUGCUCUUGAAGAGAUAAAUGCUGGAGUAUGCGAUGGAAUGACUUAUGCAGAAAUAAAGAAAAACAUGCCUGAGGAAUAUGAAUCACGUAAGAAGGACAAGCUUAGAUAUCGUUACCCUCGUGGAGAAUCAUACUUGGAUGUCAUCCAAAGAUUGGAACCUGUCCUUAUUGAGCUUGAACGACAACGUGCCCCAGUUGUCAUCAUAUCUCACCAGGCUGUAUUGAGAGCACUGUAUGCAUAUUUUGCUGAUAGACCAUUGCAAGAAAUUCCUCACAUUGAGGUGCCACUUCACACAAUAAUUGAGAUACAAAUGGGUGUCACUGGUGUUCAAGAGAAAAGAUACAAGUUGAUGGAUUAAUUUAGUUCCAGGAUGGCGUAAGCAUGACACUAUUUCAUGUAGCUGACAAGACUAUUUUACUGUCAUAACUUUUGUAACAAAUUGAAAAUUAGCUCGGAAACAAGCCGCUCCAUUUUUUGUAAUGGCAUUUAUCAACUGUGAAGAGACUUGUCAGAGCUAUUCUUUUCUGUUAAUCUUAUGUGUAUUUUCUGCUCAUAAGUAACAAAAACCUUGUGUAUUUUGUUCAUACUUUCUAGCAGGUGGCAUAG